AACUCCAGAAGAAGAAGAAAACAGUCCACUCGUCAUAAGGACUGAAAUAUCUGGCUGAGAGCUUUCUAUUGUGUGUCACACGGACAGAAAACUCGCAGUAUUAUUGCUUUUUCUGACAUGAUUCAUUUGCGCAUAACAUCUAAUCUCAGUAACGAAUCUUUGCGGCGACGUGCAACGACGUUUAUCGCCGAUAUUUCAGAAAAAUAAAGCUUUAAGGGACCCAACCGUCUUCAGCUGUUGUGAGGUUUUACUUUAGAUCAAAUGGAUAUAAAAGAAGAAGAAGAAGACUGUGCCACCGAUUAUCAGUCUGGGAUGCAUUCCACCGAACAAUCGAGCCUAAAGAUUCACACUGGAGAGUCUGGAGAGUCUUUCACCUGCAAACAGUGUGGAGAGAUUUUUACAACAAACCAAAGCCUUGAAAGUCACAAAGUGAUUCACACCGGAGAACACAUUUUUAUUUGUUCAGAGUGUGGAAAGAGUUUCACUCAAAUGCGGUAUCUUAAAAAUCACAGGAAGAUCCACACCGGAGAUCACCCAUUCACUUGUCCCGAGUGUGAUAAGUGUUUCACAAUGAAACACAGUCUUGAAAGUCACUUGAAAAUUCACACUGGAGAAAAGCCAUUCACCUGCCCUGACUGCGGGAAAAAAUUCAGAAUAAAACAUAGCCUGGAGGGCCACAUGAGGAUUCACACAGGAGAGAAACCUUACAAAUGCCGAGAGUGUGGAAAGAAUUUCAGAGAGAAACAAAUCCUCGAUAAGCACUUGACGAUUCACACUGGAGAAAAGCCUUACUCCUGCCCUGAGUGUGGAAGGAAUUUCAGGGUGAAAAAGUGCCUUGAAAAUCACAUCAAAACUCACACUGGAGAGAAACCUUACACAUGCCAAGAUUGUGGAAUCAGUUUCGCAGUAAAACAAAACCUCAAAAGGCACAUGAGAAUUCACACUGGAGAAAAGCCGUACUCCUGCCCCGAGUGUGGAAGGAGUUUCAGAGUGAAACAAGAUCUAAAAAGUCAUGUGAGAAUUCACACUGGAGAAAAGCCUUUCUCCUGCCAACAGUGUGGAAAAAGUUUCUCAGAGAACAAGACACUUGAAAGUCACAUGAGAAUUCACACUGGAGAAAAGCCUUUCACCUGCUCUCAAUGCGGAAAGAAUUUCAGAAGGAAACAAAACCUUAAGAGCCACAUGAGACUUCACACUGGAGACAAGCCUUACAGCUGCCCUCAGUGUGGAAAGAGUUAUAAUGAACAAAAAAGCCUUGAGAAUCACAUUAGGACUCACACCGGAGAGAAACCUUUCGCUUGCGAUCAGUGUGGAAAGACCUUCACACAACAAAGUACCCUUAGAGGUCACAUUAAGAUUCACACCGGAGAGAAACCUUUCACUUGCCCUCAGUGCGGGAAGAGUUUUAUAGAGAGAACAAAACUGGAGAGGCACAAGAAAAUCCACUCUGGAGAAAAGCCGUUCGAUUGCCAUCACUGUAAAAAGAGUUUCACGAUGAAGCAAAGCCUGGACAUUCACAUGAGAAUUCACACCGGAGAAAAGCUUUACACCUGCCAACAGUGUAAGAAGAGUUUUGCAGUAAAACAGAAAUUUGACAGCCACAUGACAAUUCAUACCGGGGAGAAGCCGUACACAUGCCAACAGUGUGGAAAGUGUUUCAGAGAGAAACGAAAGCUCGUAUCCCACAUGAAAGUUCACACUGAAGAGAAGCCUGCUGCUGGCGUGGAAGUAGUUUUAGAUCAAAUGGAUAUAAAAGAAGACUGUGCACCCAAUCAUCAGUCUAGGAUGCAUUUCACAGACCAACCGAGCCUAAAGAUUCACACUGGAGAGUCUGGAGAGCCUUUCACCUGCAAACAGUGUGGAGAGAUUUUUACAACAAACCAAAGCCAUGAAUGUCACACAAUGAUUCACAACGGAGAACAAACUUUUAUUUGUUCAGAGUGUGGAAAGAGUUUUACACAAAUGCGGUAUCUUAAAAAUCACAUGAAGAUUCACUCCGGAGAUCACCCCUUCACUUGUCCCGAGUGUGAUAAGUGUUUCACAGUGAAACAAAGCCUUGAAACUCACUUGAAAAUUCACACUGGGGAAAAGCCAUUCAUCUGCCCUUACUGUGGAAAGAAUUUCAGAAUAAAGCAUAGCCUGGAGGGCCACAUGAGGAUUCACACAGGAGAGAAACCUUACCCGUGCCAAGUGUGUGGAAAGAGUUUUAGAGAGAAACAAAGUCUUGAAAAGCACUUGACGAUUCACACUGGAGAAAAGCCUUACUCCUGCCCUGAGUGUGGAAAGAGUUUCAGAGUGAAAAAUUGCCUUGAAAAUCACAUCAAAAUUCAUACUGGAGAGAAACCUUACACAUGCCAAGAGUGUGGAAAGAGUUUCACAGAGAAACAAAACCUUAAAAGGCACAUGAGAAUUCACACUGGAGAAAAGCCUUUCACUUGCUCUCACUGUGGAAAAAGUUUCCGAGUUAGUAAAGAUCUUAAAAUUCAUGUAAGAAUUCACACUGGAGAAAAGCCUUUCUCCUGCCAACAGUGUGGAAAAAGUUUUUCAGAGAACAAGAAACUUACAAGUCACAUGAGAAUUCACACUGGAGAAAAGCCUUUCGUCUGCUCUCAUUGCGGAAAGAGAUUCAGGGGCAAACAAAACCUUGAAAGCCACAUAAGACUUCAUACUGGAGAAAAGCGUUACACCUGCCCUCAGUGUGGAAAGAGUUAUAAUGAACAAAAAAGCCUUGAGAAUCACAUUAGGUCUCACACCGGAGAGAAACCUUUCGCUUGCGAUCAGUGUGGAAAGAGUUUCAGGCAACAAAGAAUCCUUAAGGGUCACAUUAGGAUUCACACUGGAGAGAAACCUUUCACUUGCCCUCAGUGCGGGAAGAGUUUUAUAGAGAAAACGAAACUGGAGAGGCACAAGAAAAUUCACUCUGGAGAAAAGCCUUACACUUGCCAUCACUGUAAAAAGAGUUUCACGAUGAAGCAAAGCCUGGACAUUCACAUGAGAAUUCACACCGGAGAAAAGCUUUACACCUGCCAACAGUGUGGAAAGAGUUUUGCAUUGAAACAGAGGCUCAUAUCCCACAUGAAAGUUCAUACCGGAGAGAAGCCUUACACGUGCCUACAGUGUGGAAAGGGUUUCAGAGAGAAACAGUCCCUCGACAUUCACAACAGAAUUCACACUGGACAAAACCCUUUCACUUGUUCUCAGUGUGGGAAGAGUUUCAGAGUGAAACAGAAGCUUGUUUCCCACAUGAGAGUUCACACUGAAGAGAAGCCUGCUCCUGGCGUGGAAGUAGUUUUAGAAUGAAACAAGGCUUUGAAAAGGUUUCAUAUGAACACACUGGGCGCAGUAAAUAAAAAAUAAAAACUUCACAUUGCCUGUGCUCAAUGAGGGAUAUGUAUAUAUUUGCAUGUUGUUAAAAAAAAACACUAUGAGUUGCAAGCUCAAACUAUACUUUUUUGUGCCCGGAUGUUAGUGUAUUUGCACAGUUGAACAGUUCCUAAUAUUCUCCAUUUAACGACACUUCAUAGUUUCAUCCUUAUCCAGUGUCUACCUUGUUUCUCUCUAGAAGUUAUAAGCCCUUGCAAUAAACACUUAAAAUGACAGAUUCAAUUAAAAUAUUUGAUUAUUUAUAAGU